AUGGGUUCAUCAUUAUUUUAUGAAGCGAGGCGAAUACGUGGCACAAAAAUUUUUUCACGUUCAAUUUAUACGUCAGUUGGUGAUAAUUGUGUUGAUGCGUUACUUGGCCAUGCUUUACCUCUUUCAGCAAUUUUAUUAAUCGACGAACCAUUUAGUCGGAAAUAUGCGACGAUUUUCUUGAAAAAUUUCCUCGCGGAAGGUGUAUAUAAUGGACAUCGUUUGUUAGUUGCGUCAUCAAUAAGUGAACCAUUUGAAAUUAUAUCGAAUUUGCCACGAAAAGUGGAAAAUGUGGCAGAGGCAAUGGAGAAUGAAAACAGUGCUGAAUUAGCCGAUGUUGAUUUGAAAAUCGCUUGGCGAUAUUCGACUUUACCUAAGAAAGAUUCGGUUAUAACUAAUCAUUUUGAUAAAUAUUUUGAUUUAUCAUCCAAAAUUGAAGCGGAACGUUUAUCUGAGUGUGAUUUAACGAUAUAUCCAUCAGAUUUUUCGAAUUAUAAAGUUUUUUCCUACGAAAAACUUUGGCGAUUGAUUAAGAAACGAUUAGAUGAUAUUUCACGUUGCUCAAAGAGUUCGAGUUCUGACCAAAAUUUACUUCGAAUCGCAAUUCAAGGUUUUGGAUCGGGAACAUGGGAUGACUCGAAAGAAAUGAUGAGGUUUCUCGCUCUCUUAAGGGCGUCCUUGUGUAAUUCAUGUGCAGUUGCAAUAAUCACAAUGCAUUCUGAUGGAUUAAACGAGUUGAUCAGAGAUCGAAUAUAUUCGUACAGUGAUGCCGCUCUGGUUCUAGAAUCUACGGAAAAGCGACGUGUAGCGGCUGAUACAUUCGAUGAUCGAUUUAAUGGUUUCAUUCGCAUAAAAAAAUUGCCAGCAGUGAAUUCAAUUGCAUGUUCUUCUCCUAUAAGUACUGAUUUAGUUUACUACUUGUAUAAAAAAUAUUUGAAAAUCAAGAUUUAUCAUCUUCCUCCUUGUUUUGCUGAUAAAACUGAUAAAAAUAAAUCGAUUGAUAAUGUUCUUGACGAAUUUUAA